UUCCUCCAGUUCUCAGCCGCCAACUCCGGAGCCGCCGCGCUCUGCCCGGGAGCGCCAGCGGGAGGAGCGGCGACCCGCAGCCGGGAGCCCGGGCACGGGCGAUGCUGGCGCCGCCGGCGGCACCUGCGGCUCCUCUUGGCGGCGGCGGUGGCCUCGGCGGCAGGAGCGCGGGCCCCAGCAGCCUCCGCAGCCACAGCCGCUGCGACCCGGGCAGCUUCCGCCGCGGUCGCCGCCUCUGAUGCGCCUGCCCUCUCCCGGCUCCGCGGCUCCGGGAGGAUGUGGGUCCUCGGCAUCGCAGCAACUUUUUGCGGAUUGUUCUUGCUUCAAGGCUUUGCGCUGCAAAUCCAGUGUUAUCAGUGUGAAGAAUUCCAGCUGAACAACGACUGCUCCUCCCCCGAGUUCAUCGUGAAUUGCACGGUCAAUGUUCAAGACAUGUGUCAGAAAGAAGUGAUGGAGCAAAGUGCGGGUCUAUUUGGCCCCUUGAUGCUGACAGGGCCUCCUGAAAUGCUGCUGAGAGAUCAAGCAGGAAAACCCAGGUCUGCACCGCCGCGCUCAGUAACGAGCCACCCCAUGCGGGGAAAAUGCCAUCUCAAGUGUCCAUCGAUGCCACCCUCUCCCCUCCGGCACCGCCCCAGCUGCGCAGCUGACCCCAGACGCUCCCGCGCCCCAGCAGGGGCUCCGGGGCAGCCGAGUGGCUGGUCCCGCUGCGUGCAUGCCGCGCGGGUUUUCCGGUGGGAGGCGUGCGGAGGAGCGGUGGUCAUUUGCACCAGCUUAGGCGGUAGCCCGCGUGCGUGACUGACAGCCGGAGACAGGACUGCUCGGCAGGCUGGCGUGUGAACCGUAGACAGCCCUUUGACAGAUGACAGGAUCUUCUAGAGCUGCGGCAAAACAGUGGGACAGAGACCUACACAGGAGAGAUCCUGACUGCAAGGAGCUGACGAAAUUGGGCCUGGAAAUGAUAGAAGCCUGGAGACCCUGUGUCCAGAAGACGAGCGCGGGGGCUCCCUGUGUGAGAGGCGGGACAUGUGUGGCUCACGCAGUGAAUCUGUGCAACAAUUUAACGGGUCUAACUGGGGCCCCCAACACGCCCCGACUCUGCUGCCCACUUGCAGAAACUGAUUUCAAGCAGGGGUUUCAUUGUUGUCCUUAUUAGUUUUAUUUUCAGCAGGUGAUUAUACUUAAACUCAACUGCCUCCUUGUCAGCAAGUGACUUUUACUUCUUUUUAAGUGGUGGGCAUGAUUUUUCUCUUUAAAUGGCUAAUCUUGGGGGGAGGGCAGGGGAAGAUUUAAUUGCAUGGAACUGUAUAUCCUAUUUCUCCUCUCUGGAGAUUUCAUUAUAGGCCUAAAACCAGAGAAUUGCUCUGCCACCUCUCGCGUUCUCUUCCAGCUAUUUCGGGGUUUUAAUAAUUAUUCAUUAAUUGCACACUAUGAUAAGAUCCUCACUGUUUUGAAACAUUCUCCCUCUGGCCUCCAUUCGAUUAAAGACCCUGAUUGCCUGCCAAGAGCGUAAAAUUAAAAAUCAAAGCACUACCUCUGAAAGGUUUAAUACAUGCCAUAUUGAAAGAGUUUUUGCAGCUUACAGCCAUUUUAUUCUAUCAGCAGCUCGAGGGAAAGUGCAACUCCAUGUUGAAAUUGUUCUCCUUUGAAACAUAAGUCAACAGGACCAGCAUUGGGGGAAUUUUUCUCACAGCUGUUAUCUCCUUCGGAUGAGCGGCUUGUUUCCCCAGAUAAAAUUUGCCUCUUGCUGAUGUCAGACCUCAAGGAUAACUUUAGACUGCAGGAGAGAACCUCCCUCAAGGUUCUCUAAAUUACAGACAAGCCUCAUUUUAAAAGGGCAAAUUCCACUCAGACUGGCCCCGGAGGCAAUUAGAAAUAGAAUCACACAUAUUUUCCUGCAAAGCCUAAAGCAACUCUGCCUACUCCUCCCACUCUAACUCUGUGUUUCUUCCUCCUUCCGGGCUGAGCAAGAGAUUGACUUUCUGGUCAACCCAAUAAAUUUUACAUAGGGGUUCAUUCAACAUAGGAGGAAUGAAUGAAGAAUGAAUGAAUGAAUACAGAAACAGCAAAGGACAGGAAAAGGACAAGCCAGAAUUUCUAAACAAAACGAAACUGCUAACAUCUUGCAAAUUUUGCAAUUACUGUCACCUACUAAAAUCUACAGCCCAGAGCAAGCCAAUACUUGAGAAACAAAAUAAGAUCCAAAUCAUGUUUGCAUGCACACACUCUUUGCUUCCUUUUCAUGCUCCUCAUGGAAGCUCUCAUCCAUAUUACCCCCAGCCUUUCCAUAGCUUUCUCAGAUAAGGAGUUGCUAGAGAAAAUUUCACAGGCAGAUCAGAGCAAGAGCCCACUGAACUGUAUGUCCCUGAUGGUGGCACACCAUUGCCUUGGGAAGGGAGUGGUGGCAUCCUCUGUCCUUGGGCCCCACCCCCUGUAUUCACCCCCCCAAAGGACAUUCUGGGAUUCCAGAAGGAAAGUUGGGGCUCCAAGAUCCCAAGAGUGACUUCAUGGCUCAACACAGACAGGAGGAGAGAGAGAAUAGUCCAGAUUUUAAGAAUAGAAAUUGGGCACCCACUCAAUACUUAUUAAAUUUCAACUGUCCCAACCUUCCAUUGCUUCCUCUACCAAUAGAAAACACUAAAAAAAUCUACCACCUGAGACCCCUAAGAUCUAACGCCACGCAAGCUCUCUACUGGCCAACACAAAUCCUCUACUCCAAAGAGAGUUUAUUGAACUCUGACAAGCAUGGCUUUGAUCUGGGAAUUUGCUCAUAGCUCUUCUACUGUAAGUAUCUUUCUUUCUUGUCUCAACCACUCCAUUUUGCCCUUGCUUCCAAGUGAGGCUCAAGUCUUCUCUCCUCUAAGAGGCUUUCCUGGUCAAAGUCAGGGUACAGCCUAGCUGCCAAGGGUCUGUUUCUUCAAGAAAGGGGUAAGUAUCCAGGUCUUAGGAGUUCCAGGCACUCCUCACAUUGAACAGCACGACAGCUGGGCUUCAAGAGUAGCUGCCAACCAAUAGUCCACUGUGAACUUUGUCAUCAUGUCUUCAUUUUGGAAAUCCUGAGUGGUAGGCACACCCUGCUGGCUCAGGAAGGACAUCAAACACUUGUGAAUGUGGGAGAUCAAAUGGAUUAUGCACAUUUUGGGAUUCAAUUUAGGUUCUGUACAGUAAAACUAAAAAGGUUCUAUUGUAAUUGCCUUUUGCUGCAUAACCCAUCCCAAAACUUGGUGACUUAAAAUGAAAACCAUUUUAACAUAUCCCAUAAUUCUCUGAAUGGACUGGGCUUGGCUGGGUGGUUCUUCUGUUUCACAUGAUGGAGGUUGGGGCUACAUUCAUCUGGGAGCUGGAAUGGACUAGAAUAUUCCAGAUAGCUAUCUUUCACAUCUUGAGGGGACGGCUGGAAGGCUGAGCUCAGCUAGGACCUUGGAAUGGUAGGAUGCUCUCUAUAUCCAGGUAGUUCCAGGACCUCCCUCUCUCCACAAGGCCUAUCGACACAGCCUCUCCCACUGGUCUCUUCUGCAGGGUAGCCAGAUGUUUUAUAUGGUUUCUUAGGGCUCCCUAAAAGCAGACAAGGAAGGUGCCAAACUCCCUUAAGGCAAAGUCCAAGACUGACAUGGUGUCAUUUUUGCUACAUUCCCAGUUGGUGAAAGCAUGGGACCAGCCCAGCCCUUAUUUGCGAAGAAGGGGACCCUACAAGGGCAUGGCAACUGUAACUGGAAAUACCUAUGAUUUCUAUAGAUGACAGAGUGGCAGCUACUGGUACUACAACUGUGGUGUGUUAACCUAUAUCGUAAGUGAGGGAACACAAGUGAGUGCUACAUCUCCAUUAGAAACUGAUGAAAUUAAAGAUAUGAUAUUCUUCUAUUCUAUCCAAGUUCACGAACCACCAAAAUUCUGUCUCAUGAUCCCUUCUGGCUCUGAGGACCCCAGAUGAAGAACUCAAAAAUUAAGAGCUGAGGGUACUUUUAGUCAAGCAUAGACUGUUGGCAUAGCUGAGCACUGAGGGGCCUCAGAGAUCAUCUGGUCAGGCCAGUCUGGGGUCACAAACUCUUGUGCCUGGUGAGGCCAGAUGCCGGGGCACCAGGGUGAGCUUCCGCCUGAGGCUGAGUGAGGCAGGAAGUGCCUGGCCCAUCGAGAGGUGCACACAUGUGUUCACUCUGCUCCCUGGUCGCCAGUGGGAGGCCCUUCGUCCAGCUCCUGCAUUAUACAAGAACAAAGGCCCAGGGAGCAGAAGGCACUUGUCCAAGGUCUCAAGGCGAGAGUCUAGAGGCCCCAGCCUUGGAUUAUCUUGGCCAUGGCUGUGGAUGUCAACUCAGCCCAGCUGCCUUUUUCACUCUGAUGUCGUUCAAAUCAGCCCCUGUGCACCAUCGCUGUUAACCCACGGAAGAGAAAGAAGCACUUACCGCUCAUAACAACAGACAGAAAGCCUUGCUGCCACCUUCCCCCACACCCGCUCCCCAGACCAUCCCUACACUCAUCCCAUGAGUCUUCCCUGAGGAGCUUUCCUCAAGGCCUACAACGGUAUCUUCAGUUCAAAGCCUCAAUGCCUUCUCCUAUAGCAAAUCCACAAGGGGAGCCCCCAGCAGCCCUUGUUCUCACCUUCCUGCCCUGGCAACCACCUCUCUGUGAUGCUACUACCCAGGCCUUUGUCUCCACCAAAUUAUACCAGUUGUCUCACUUCCCCACCUGUGAGGAUCUCUCCCACCUCACCUAACUCAUGUCCCCACCAUGGUACUGACCUCGUACUUCCCACCUCUUAUUGGAACUGACCCCUCCCAAGCAGAUGUGACUUUAUAAAGACGACUCAAAAAGGCAAUGCCUCAAGACGAGGAAUGUAUUGCAAAGGAUGAAAUUUCAGAAAUGGUGCCAGGCAGGUCUCAUGAAAUACAAGUGCCUUCCUACUUACCCGUGCAGAGGACUCGUUUAUCAUACAUGUCUUAAGUUACCUUUCUUGAAGACUUACUUCUGGCUGGGCAUUGAACUAAGCACUUCCCAUGUUUUAGUUCAGUUAGCCGUCUCCACGAGUCUAGGAUCAAUACUAUUUUCAAGCUCAUUUUAUAAGGGAGGAAAAUGAGGCACGGAAGAGUUCAGUAAUUCACCUACAUCCACAUAGGUUCUCACCCCUUGUCUGUGCAACCAGAAUGCUUAUUCUCCUGUAUCAUGUUAUAAUUUUGAUUUUACAGUUUCUUGGCCAGGUUGGGGGGAGAAGAAGCUGGCAGGGGAAGCAGCAGUUGCAGACAAGACCUUCACUGGGGCUUGUCCCUCAUGUAAUCCCUGCACCACCCAGGCUCCCAGCUCUUCAGGGAUGAGGCUUUGCAUUCCCAGGCAGGGGAGGCCAUCUUUAGGCCAGCUUGCCAGAGCACAGAUGACAAGCUCGCUAAAUGAAAGUGACAGCUAAGACCAUGAACAUGUUUGUAAAAAGACAACUCAGCAUCUCAGUUUAACUCCAAGAAAAUUCAAUUUCACCUGGGGAGCAAUCUCCUUUUGGCCUCUGCUACCCUGCCCUGAUGUCUCUCUUAUUUAAAUGUGUGCGGCUAGAACCUUCCACUGUUCAGCAGGCUGAAUACCCCGCAGAGAUUCAUAAUGGGGAGCAAGGCACUGCUGGAUUCAUUAGACGCCACUGCCGAAGAGCGCCAGUCCUUACCCAGGAACACUUGGUAGGAAACACAUUUUUGAGACCACACAGAACGGAGGGGAAGACUGUCCUCUGAGUUUCCUUCAGGCCUCCGUCUUCCUUUGUAAGCCUAGAUCUUCCUAGGCCAGUUUGAAGCAAAGGACCAGAGAGAGACAGAGUUUCCUGGACCUUUCUUGAGAGCAGAGAUGCUUCAGGGACUUCCACUGACAUGUUCAUUUGGUCUCUGCCAAGAACAACUGAGCCACUGCCUGGACCAAUGGGCCACACUGGUGUCCCUGGAACAUACUCAUUCCUGCAUCUCUGUCUUUGAUCACAAUAGUCCUCCUUGCCUGGGAGGUCCCCCUGCCUCUUCUUACCCUACCCCUACCUACCUCCUCUUCAUUUACCCCGUUCUGAUGCCUUCUUCUCCCCGAAGCCAUGUUUCCAUAACCCUACCCAUCAAGAACCCUCAGGACUUCGAGAACAUUCACAAGCUAACAGCAGAGUGGUGAGGGCACAAGGCCUGGCUUCAGGCUGCCUAGAAUCAGAUCCCAGCUCCACCCCUUAUGAAUUAUGUGACCUUGGGAACGUUUCUUUCCUAAGUACUCAUUUUACCAUGCCUCAGUUUCUCCAAAAGUAAAAUGAGUCCAAAGGUACCCACAUCAUACGCUUUGAAGAUUAAAUGAAUAACAUGUAGAGUGCUUAGUGCAAUACCCAAUACAUGCUAAACACCCAAUAAAUAUUAUCUAAUUUCAUCUCUUGGCCUCUAUACUCUACCCAGCUAUGUAUCAUCAGCUUCAGCUACAUUAAGCUCCCCACUUUGCAAACACCAUUCAUUUCUACAGGUCCUGUCUUCUUUUAAUUCUCUUUGCCUGAAAUUCUCUACUGCUGCUUUUCUGCCUGGCAAACUUCUAGUCAUCCUGUGAAGUCCAAUUCACAAGGACAUUUUCUGAGAGGCCUUCUUUAGCAGCCCAAACAGACUUGGUCCCUUCAUGUGUUCACAAAACUUUAUACAUAACCUUAUACAUAAGAGGCACUUACCCUUCUGCUUUAUGGUUAGUUCUUUAAGAGUCUCUAUCUGCCAUCAAACUGCAGAUCUCAAGCAAGGAGUUACAUUCAUCUUUAUGUCUGCAGCACCAAGCCCGGAGCUGUAUGCUGGGUUUAAUUGGAUCCUUCUGUGUAUAAGCUGUGUUCUCUCCCCAGGACUGUUGGCUCAGCUUCUUGGGAUGCCAAAGCCAGUGCCUUUCAUGUCUUUAUAGCUCAGAACUUGAAGGUUUUUGUUGAGGAUAAUGAAUGCCCUCUACAACCAUAGCAGCUGAUAGGCAGUUCUUAGAGUUACCAUAGUUGAAAUGACUCUUCCUUUUUUUAAAUUCCAAAUCAUUCUGGAAAGUGUUAAUGGUGUAUCUAUCAUGUGCCAGAUAUGGGCUG